UCGCAUUUCCCACCUCUAGACCAGCUGUUUUGGCGGCAACGAGUUUUGGCCUGAAAGGGAAGAAUGUUUAUUUAAAUAAAACGCAGUUUAAACAACGGCUCAAGAAUGACGCGGGAAAGCGCUGUGCAUGAGGAGCUGAAAAAGCACUUCGGCCACUCGAAAUUCAAAUCGGAGCUUCAGGAAAAUGCCGUUAAGUGUGCUGUCAAAAAAAAGCAGGAUGUGUAUGUGUCGAUGCCCACGGGCUCGGGUAAAUCCCUGUGCUUCCAGUUGCCCGGCUUGAUGUCCGAGAACAAAAUAACCAUUGUUUUCCCCCUAUUGGCUUUAAUCAAGGAUCAAAUUGAUCAUUUGACCAAGUUAAAGGUGCCAGCCGAUUCCUUGAACUCCAAGAUGACCACCAAGGAAAGAGAUCGUGUUAUAAUGGAUCUGCGGGCCGUCAAGACAAACCUAAAGUUUCUAUACAUUACCCCGGAGCAGGCGGCUACCAAGUUUUUCCAGGAGCUGUUACAAACGCUUCAUAAACACAAAAAACUUGCAUACUUUGCGGUGGACGAAGCCCAUUGUGUUAGCCAAUGGGGUCACGAUUUUAGGCCGGAUUACCUGAAACUGGGGGAGUUGCGUGCCAAAUAUCCAGACAUCACCUGGUUGGCCCUGACAGCCACAGCUUCGAGGGAAGUCAAGGAGGAUAUAUACAAGCAGUUGCGCCUUCACCAGCCAGUGGCGCAAUUUAGCACACCCAGCUUCAGAAAGAACCUCUUUUACGACAUUGUGUACAAGAACUCCAUUGAAGACGACUUCAAGCAUUUGGCAGACUUCGCCCAACAUUGUUUGGGCGAUCCCAAGGAGUUCAAGGAGAAACCCAAGCCGCAAAGAGGUUGCGGAAUUGUCUAUUGCCGAACCCGCGAGCAAGUGGAGCGCAUGGCAAUCGGAGUUACGAAACAGGGAAUCGGAGCAGUGGCCUACCAUGCUGGCCUGAAAACAGGCGAACGCACUGAGGUCCAGGAAGCCUGGAUGCGAGGCGAUCAGCCGAUUAUAUGCGCCACCAACAGCUUUGGCAUGGGAGUGGAUAAGCCGAGUGUGCGAUUCGUUAUCCACUGGGAUGUUCCGCAAAAUGUGGCUGCCUACUAUCAGGAAUCUGGUCGCGCUGGCCGCGACGGUUUGCAGUCCUAUUGUAGAUUAUAUUACGCCCGAGAAGAUGUCAAAAGUAUAAGAUUCCUGCUCCAAAACGACGCAAAUCGCGCCAGGGGUCGUGGCGAUAAGGAGCUGCUCACAGAGAGGGCUAUAAAACAGUUUGAAAAGAUCACUGAGUUCUGCGAACGGACAACCUGCAGGCAUAAACUCUUCUCAGAUUUUUUUGGAGAUCCCACCCCAAAUUGUAAUGGUCAAUGUGAUGUCUGCAAGCGUCCCAAGAAAGUGGAGAAGGCGCUGGAAAUGUUUCAUCGCUUGUGCAUGGAUGACACUUUCAAGUCGCACAUUUCACUGCAGACUGACUGUUCAGAUCUAUACGAAGGUGGUCGCCCUGGCCAAAAACGUGCUGCCCAGGACUAUGCAGCUGGUGAUUCCGGUUCAGAUGACGAUUCUGGCAAUAGUCACUCCGCCAUGGCCAAGAAAGCCAAAAGGGAAUCAGAGGAUUUCAUUAAACAACAGUUUAAGCUGCGUAAACAAAUCAGCGCAGCUCGGCAGCUUGAACAGGAAACCGCAACGCAAAUAUCUCGCAUUCGUCAGGCAGAAGCCACUGAAAAGAAAAUCGCAGGACUUCAGUCCACUCACCGGGAAAAGUAUCUCACUGCCAUCAUUGAUGCCUUGAAAGACAACGUAGAGAAGUGCAAAGAUGACCCAGAGCAGUGCCCGAAAAGCGUGCUAAAAUACAAUGAUUACGAAGCUAUGGCAGUGGAUAUGGAGUAUGAAGUGUUUCGCCAAAAUAAAGUAGCCAACAUGUACCGGCAUGCCUUAGUUAAACAGAUUUCAACUAUUAAACAACUUACAGGAAAGACGCAAUUGAUGCCGCUUUUAAUGGAUUAUAUUCCCAAGCCAGAAACGAGUGCAAAAGGCGCCUGGACGGGGGGAAGUGUGGCCUACUUUGAAAGGAAGCUGAAAGAGCUGGAAGAGCAGAGACCCCAAAGUCUCAAGGAGGUGCCAAAAACCUUGAAAGAAAGGAAAGGAUUCAAACAGGAUAGCAGUAAGCAGACUUCGAUUUCCUCUUUUUUUAAGAAAGAGAUAAAAGAAGAACCGUCCGAUUCAUCAAAUGAUGGAGAAGGAGUAGCCAUUAAAAAAGAACCCGAAGAAAUUCAAAUGGAUGUAGAAGAUAAAGACACUGACAAGACUUCUUCCAACCACGUUAAAGAUGAACCCAUGGACCAAGAAAGUUCUGAUCCUGCAAGUGAACUCGAAAGUCAACCUGACAGCAUAAUUGGCGAAAGAAAAUUCAAAUUGAUGUCGAACGGCGAUGGCAGCUACGACACGCAUCGCAGGAAAAGAGUUUCUCAUCAAAAUCAACCCAAAGAAAAGGAACCCAAAAAGUCUACGGUUAGCAUGCAACAUCUUUUUGGAUCUUUUAAAAGCGAAUCUGAAGAGGAGUUUGAGCAACCUUCAAUUGGUUUCAAAACUGCUCGACAAAUGCUGGAGGAAAGAAAAGAAAAAUUGGGCAGCUCAACUGAAACAAUUAAAGAGGAAAAGGAGGAAAAGACAGAAAAUAAAGAUAUAGGCUUUAUUUCAGCAAGAGAAAUGUUGGAGAGAAAUAAACUUGAAGACGAGAAAAGGAGAGAAAAAGCAAAUAGAAAACCUGAAACACUAGGCUUCAUUUCCGCUAGAGAAAUGUUGGAAAAAAACAAACUUAAGGAAAAAAGUUUGAGUAAAGCAGAUGUUAAGGAAAAUAAUUUAGAAAGUAAAGCAGCAAAGGAAUAUGACAAAAAUAAAUCUGAGAAAAAGGAUGACCGUGACAGGAAAUCUCACAAAGAAGUGUCAAAAGUAUCAAGAUCUGAUAAGGAUAAAGUUAAGGAUGUAAAACAUAGUUCGGGUGAGCGCAAAGAUUCAGAAAGGCAUCUAAAAGAUAUAUCAUCCAGGAGUAGAGACUCUAAAGAGGUAGGAUCAGAACAGAAAAAAGAGAAAGAUAAAGACUCGUCUCAGCAGAAUAAAGAUUCUAGUGAAUCCGAUUCAAAAAGAAGUUCGCUGAAGGACACAAAGCCGGAAAAAAACCAACAAAAGAACGAUGUCAGCAAAAAUGUGGUUCAGUGGCUCAAUCCCUACUAUAAACGAAAAAUUGCCACCAAGGAACUUUUCAAAGCUCUGGCCAAAUUGCUCACUCAGCGUAUUUGUGACGGAAGUUUGGGUGACGGCGACGCUGGAAAAUGCUACAUCAAGGAGACCUUCCAUGGCCUGCAGAUGAUCAACAACGAUCAGGACAUUGAAAAAUACUUCAUCAAAUCAAAGUGACUUCAAAGAAUUCUAUCUGCCAACUUCAUUAUUUCAUCACAACGAAUUGUUUCGCCUUGUUAACAGUUAAUGAAUCUUUUUUUUCGUUAUUGUUUCGACUUGUAUAUAAUAAGAGCCCAAAUUAUUAUAACUCAUGAAAAACCACCAUAUUUUUUCACUCGGACUGUUUCAAAAGUAAAUAGAAUGUUAGCCUUUUGUUUCGUGAAAAUA